AUGUCUUAAAAGUUCAUUUCACAAAAACAGAAUUUAGAAAACAAAGCUAAAUCUUAGAAUUAAAAAGCUAGGUUUCUAAAUGACAAGGAAGAGAGUGAACAUCCCCCUCAAAUGAGAAAUGCAUAACGGUUUUUUCGAAAACCAAAAGCAACCUAGGAGAUGAUUGUUAUUCCUCAACCCUCUAUUCAGUAUGCUUAGCCAUAUGUUCCAAAGCCUAUUCCCAUACCUGAGGCAAUCAAAUAGAUAGACAAGAAAAUUCUGGCUUAUCGCAGAGUGAUGGAGAGGGAGAGACACGAGAAAUUGCAACGUGAAAAAUAAGAAUAAUAGAAAUUAUAUGAAAAUGAGGAGGAUCAGAAAAGAGCAUUAGAUUUUAUGACAAAUCCUCAGAUCGUGGAUUAAAAGGAGGAGGAACUUUCUUAGUAGGAGUAAGAUGAUGAAGAACUGUUGUCUGAGGAACCAAGAGCUCAGGAACUAUAACGAUUAGCAGUGAGUGAGAAGACUUCGUAUUCUGAGGCCGUGAAGAAGAGAGAAUAGAUAUACGAUCACACACUUUAAAGGAUGUACGAGAAGAGAUAAAACCCAGUACUAUUUGCAAAAUUCAAAAAGAAGCCUCCUAUUUUAAAUAUUACAUCAAAAAAUAAGAUUACAAAGGGGAAUGGAAGAAUGGAUCCUGAGGAACACAAAUUAAGAGUAUUCAAUCGAGAGAAUGUUCCAACAAUACCAGAUUUGAUAAUUCCAUCGUUUACUGUUAAGAAGGAUUAAAUGGCCAAAAAUAUCCUGGCAUAUUUAAAAGAAUAUACUCCAUUAUUUCGUGGGUAUAAGAAUUACGAAUAUCCAAAAUGUGUCUAAAACAUUCUACAAGAAGAGAUUGACUCACUUCCUAAAUAAUGA